GCUUUCCGCGGACCUUCUCUCCCCGGCACUGCAAAGUGACUUACAGAUAACAAACUACAUUUAUUUACCAAGCGCUGUCAUUGCAGGAAAGACGGCAUACAACAUUUGCAGACAGCAAGAUCCCACAUUUUGGAAAAAGUUUUAGUACACACAGAUCUCCGUUAUGCGUUUUCUAUUUGCGAGGAUGGGGAAUUUUUUUACGAAGUUACCAGAAGAACACAAUGAGGCAGCUUUACAGUUUAUUCGCAACCAAGUUGCAAAAAAUUGUGUGGUUUUAUUUUCUAAAACCUAUUGUCCUCACUGUAAGAGGGUAAAGAACUUCUUCCGAGAACAAGGAGUCAAAUACAAGGCAAUUGAGUUGGAUUUACACAAAGAUGGCACUAUCAUCCAGAAUGUUCUUGAGGAAUUAACUGGGGUUAGAACAGUCCCAAGAGUAUUUGUGAACGGCAAAUGCAUUGGUGGUGCUACGGACACAUUCUUACUCCACUCAAAGGGAAAACUUAUGCCUUUAGUGCAGAAGUGUUCUCCACCUUUCACUUUGGAUGAAAGUCAUUACAAACUUCACCCUCGUUAAUACUGAA